CAUUGACAUUUUCAAAUGACCAUGACGAUCUUUUUUCCUGUAUAAUGGGACCUGCCUGUGAAAACAGCCUUAUGGCAGAAUCUGGGUUGCACGAUAAAUGCGUGAAUGUGCGUUAAUUUUUAACGCCUUCAUCAAUUUUUCCUAAUAGUUUGCCUUAACGCGUAAACUUGACAGCCCUAAUACUGCUUUUAAAAAUAGGUUACAUGCUGACUGAGACCUGAUAAUUUUCUAAUCAUAUUGGAUUUUGGGGGAUCCAGUUACAUGCAAUUUAAACGGUGCCUCAGCGUUUUCUGAGACUGCUGAAAAAAAAUAUAUCAACAUGCUGUUGUAUGAACAUCUUUUAGGCACCGCGCGCAAACCACACACUCGUUCACCCGCGGGCGCAAGCACUGGCACAGGAGUCAAACCAACGUUAUAGGAGCGGGAAAAAAGAAUAAAAAUUCGUAUAAUCUUUGAGAAAAGAAAUUUUGGGGGGAAACUGUACGGUUUGAGUGCCACGGCAGGGUCAGGAAUGGAGCCAGGACGUGCGUUUGGAUCAGCUGGAGCGAGGCACGCUGCCUCGGGCCUGGACCUGAACCUCAGCCAGGACUGGGGCAGCGGUUACUUUGACUACUUCUACAACGAGUCAGACCAUGCUGGGGAGGAGUGUGUGGAGGUGGGAACGGGGUGGUGGGGGUUUGGUAUCGUGAGGGCAGUGCUGUACUGUACAGUGCUGGUGGUGGGCGUGGCCGGGAACAUCACCCUGCUGGGGGUGCUGUGGGGGUGGGGUACCGGCAUGGGGGUGGGGCCAAGGAGGAGGCGGAGCUGGAGGACCAGCGAGAUCCUGGCGACAAACCUGGCCGUCUCUGACCUGCUGUUCCUGGGGGCUCUGCCACUGUGGAUCCACAGCGAAGCAAACGCAGGAGCGUGGGCUGGAGGAGAGACCACCUGCAAGCUGGCCCCCUAUGUAACGGCUUUGACCAUGCAUGUUGGAGUGUUACUGCUGACUGUUAUGAGCAUUGACAGGUACAUGGCGGUGGUGCGCCCUGGAGUGUAUCGGCGGGUGAGGAAGCAGUGCUGGGCGACGGGCAGCUGCGUGAUGUCAUGGCUUGGCUCCGCCCUGCUGGCCCUGCCGGUGCUGCGGGUGCGAGAGCUGCAGUGGGACGAGGCUCCGCGCUGCGGGGAGAGCGAGGAGCCGGCCUACCCCCCCGAGCUCGCCCUCACGCUGCACCUCCUCACCUUCUUCCUCCCGCUGCUCCUCAUCCUCUCCUGCUACUGUUCGCUGGCGCGGGCGCUGCGCCGACACGUGCGGGGCGGGGCAGUGGGCUUGGCCUCCGGCAGCCCCGCCUCUCUGCACCGCGCCCUGCGCAUGGUGCUGCUGGUGGCCGGAGCCUUCCUGCUUUGCUGGCUGCCCUUCAACAGCUUCAAGUUGCUGGGACUGUUGGAGCGCUGCCUGGCCCCGCCCACUCGCUGCGCCCUGCGCCGCCUGGCCGGGACCGGCAUGUACUGGGCCGCCCCCCUGGGGUUCGCCCACAGCUGCCUGAACCCGCUGGCCUACGCUUCCGCCGACCGCUCGCUGCGGCGCCGCAUCCAGCAGGGGGCGCCCUGGCCCUGCUGCUGCAGGAAGGAUGGCCCCAUGGGCGGAGCCAGGGGAGGGGCCAGCUCUCUGACCACAAGCUGGGGGGAGGGGGGCGGAGAUAGGGAGAGCGCAGGGAGAGAUGGGAGACAGAGGUGAAGGAGAAGGAUGAAGAAAACAGGAAGGAUGGAAAUAAGAGGAGGAGGAAGGACAACAGACAAAGGGGAGUGUAAGAAAGGGUACAGCCGCCAGUCAAAGCCACACCUGUGCAGAGUUCACCCCUCUCUGUCGGAGACGAGCAGCCGCCAGUCAAAGCCACACCUGUGCAGAGUUCACCCCUCUCUGUCGGAGACGAGCAGCCGCCAGUCAAAGCCACACCUGUGCAGAGUUCACCCCUCUCUGUCGGAGACGAGCAGCCGCCAGUCAAAGCCAUGCCUGUGCAGAGUUCAGCUCUGUGUGUCUGUGUGGGCUCUGAACUCUGACUCGCUAAGGAAAUGCCAGUUCAGCAUCUCUCCAAAUGAACUGAAAUCAAAAACUGUUUCUCAAAGGGGAAAAAUCAUCACUUGUAUUUUUUUGUCAAAGUCAAGAGCAAAUGGUGAUUGAAUUCAGGUGUUCUUUUCACCCCCUCCUCCCAUCUCUCCGCUCCCUCGCUCUCUCACUCCUUCUCUAUCUCAGUUAAGUCAGUUUGCCAACCGGUCUCAUUUUAUUUUGUUGUUGGUAUCAGCAGAUAAUGCAGCUUUGAGACAUGAAGGGAAUUAAUAAUGUCCCAUAACACUGACAUUUUCAUAAAUAUUGAAACAAAUCUAUUGCAUUACAUUGGGCAUUCAUUUUUUAAACACAAAUGUCAGACAGAGACAUUAGUUCUACAUUCUCCAUUAGAUGAGUUCAGAGAGCUCUUGGUGUCUGGUCCAGUUGUUUGUUAUUUUAUGUGAUUAUAUUUUCUGUGAAUAUUUUGUGUGUUUCAUUCCUUUAUCUAAUGAAUACUGUUAAGACAGCUGAUUUUGUUUUUUUCUUUGUUUCUUUGUCCUAAUGUCUGUGUUCCUACUAGUUAAUAAAUGAAAGUUAACUCAGUGAUCCAGUAUGAUUUAAUAUAAACCUGACUCUUCGGAGAGAGCGGUGGUGGGAUGUUAUGGGUUCCAUAAGGAGUCAUGACCUCAGCAGAGCAUUAUCAAAAUAUGACCCAUUAUUUCUCAU